AGCAUACAGUGCGCCUGCGCAUGUACAUCUUUAUCAUACACUUCCAAUUGAUGUUUAUUAGCGUCAAUUGUGUUUACAUAUGAUAAGCAGUAUUCAUUUAACAAACUGUCAUAUUCAGUAUAAUUUCAGACUUUGUGUUGAAAAGAACAUCUUUUUAAACUAAGAGCUUCAAUUUUCAAUAUAUUGAAUUGAAAACUGUUCGUAAAAAAAACAGGAAACGCGAUGACGGUGUUAAAUUCUUUACUUGCAGUGCUGAUAGUGUUAAUUUCACUGAUUUACUGGUACAUCAAAAGAUCGUUUUCAUACUGGUCAUCGAGAGGAGUUCCACAUAAUAAGCCAACAAUACCGCACGGCAGUAUGAAAGGCCUAGGUAAAACCGUGAGUUUCGUUCAUUUCACGCAGAACUACUACAUGAAGUUCAGAGGAACAUCAAAACUGUGUGGAUUGUACUUCUUCACACGACCCAUUGCAUUGCUAUUGGAUUUGGAUUUGAUCAAAACUAUUUUAGUCAAAGAAUUUGCCAAAUUCAGUGAUCGUAGUUUCUAUUACAAUGACAAAGAUGAUCCGCUCUCGGGUCAUCUUGUGGCAUUAGACGGUGUAAAGUGGAAGAACGUUCGCCAAAAAUUGACAUCAACAUUUUCGUCGAGUAAAAUGAAAUAUAUGUUUCCAACAAUUACUGCUGUUGGUGAUCGCCUUACGAAUUAUUUAAAUGAAACAAUCAAAGAGAGCAGCGAAUUGGAAAUGAAGAAUAUUCUAGCUCGAUUCACCAUGGACGUUAUUGGUACGUGUGCAUUUGGGAUUGAAUGUGACACACUGAAAGAUAUCGAUAAUGAUUUCUAUCGAAUGGGCCGGAUGGCAAUACAAAAGCCAAGACACAAUCAACGUAUCGCAUUUUUACUCAAUGACUUCAAGAGGUUGGCACGGUUUUUGAGGAUAAAAACCAUACGAGAUGAUGUGACGGCCUUUUUUAUGGGUGUUACCAUAAGUACUAUUGAUUAUCGUGAAAAAAAUAACAUUCAACGAAAUGAUUUCAUGGAUUUGCUGAUAAAAUUGAAAAAUGAAGACAGUCAAGGUGAUUUUACCAAAGGACUGACCGUCAAUCAAAUCGCAGCACAGUCGUUUUUAUUCUUUGUCGCUGGAUAUGAAACAUCAUCAACAACGAUGCUCUUCGCUCUUUAUGAACUGGCUUUGAAUCAGGAAGUUCAAUCGAAAUUACGCCGGGAAAUUCAAAAUGCACUGAAGAAACACGGCAAUUUUAGCUACGAGAUGAUGAUGGAUAUUCCGUAUCUCGAUCAAACGAUUCAAGAAACACUGCGUAAAUACCCUCCAUUUACAACGCUACGACGUAUGGCUCAAAAUGAUUUCAAAGUUCCAGGCACGAAUAUAGUGAUUGAAAAAGGUGUAUCGGUCGUGGUGCCCGUGUACGCCAUUCAACGUGAUCCCGAACUAUUCCCGGAGCCAGAAAAAUUCUCACCAGAAAGAUUCACUCCGGAGCAAGUAAAGAAUCGUCAUCCAAUGGCUUGGUUGGCAUUUGGUGAAGGUCCUCGAAAUUGUAUUGCACUUCGUUUUGGCAUGAUGCAAACGCGUAUCGGGUUAAUCACCUUACUAACUAAAUUCGAAUUUUCACCUUGCGAAAAAACAUUGAUUCCGAUGGUGUUUUCAUCCAGUCCGAUUGUCUUAUCGCCCAAAGAUGGUCUUUAUCUCGCAAUCAAACCGAUAACUACCGAAUAAGUCAAACAAAUAUCCUAAAAAUAGAGUCUUGAUAAACGCAAAAAAGAUUGAUUGUAUAUCUUAUCAAAAGACGUCGCAUUUAAAGUUCACACAUAAUUUAAUCUAGAUCAUUGUUUACAAUUGAUUAUUUCCUUAAUUUGAAAUAAAUAUGCGGUAAAAUCAGAAUGAGGUUUCACGUUUUAUAUAAAAGAAAAAAUAAAAUAAAUUAUUCUACCUA